AUGUCUCUGAAGCGCAAGCGGGACAUGAGCCAACGGAGAACCGCUGUCCGGGUUGACAUCGUCUACCGAGUCGUCAAUAGAAAAGACUCAUCUCUCGUGACCUGGUCUGACAUUGAGCCAGCUACUUUUGUCAACUUGACGGAGUAUGCCUAUUCCCGCGACUAUACGGCGCCUGCCCUCUCUCAGUCCAACCAGAACGUCACUUCCAACGUGGUUAAGGGAAAGCAUGGGAGUAAUGAUAUGCCUGGUCCCGGGAGCGAUGCCGGCACCAUAUACGCAGCCGGGAUUACGAGAACCUCGACAGCGAAGAACAGUUUUCAAGUCGAAUCGCAGCGCCGCAAACCAAGUAAUGAACAAAACACACAGCAGCCUGAGAUUCCGUCAUUAUAUAUGUGGAUGAGGAGUACUUCGCGAGAUUCACAGUCUCGGCAGCAUACAAGUGCUCGGUACAAAUUCUGCGAGGAGCUUUUUUCCAUUCCCUCCGAAGCCGCCCAGGCGACAACUGAAGACUGGCUAGACGACGUCAAGCAACACCAUCGGACCGGCUAUAAGGAAGUCUUCCUUGCACACGCCAAGCUUUACCUGGUUGCAAACAAGUUCUCCAUUACUGAACUCAAGAGACUUUGCCUGCACAAACUUCGCCAGAGCCUGCUGCAUGCUCCACGCACCGACGAGAUGCUACGGGCCACAACCGACACUAUCCGGCACGUUUACUUGAAUGUCCAAUCUCGAGACGAUGAUCUCAGAAAAUUGCUUGUGCAUUUCUGCCUGGCCGACAUGGAGUGGAUGAUGAGAGACAAGAACCUGGACCCAGUGCUGGAGAAUGUUCCAGGUUUCGCCAUUGAUCUAUUCCGCAAGAUCCCCCAAGACUGCUGGAAAUAG